GAUGAAAAUGCCUCGCAGGUCCUCGCAGAUCCUGUUGUCUCCUUCAGUCAUUUACCUUGCAUACCUUCAUUUCAAUCGUUGAUGUGUUUCCUCGUUCAUCGUCGUGUCUUUCUUUAAAUUCCUCAUUUUCUCGCAUUUUAUACUUGGCAAAUCCGGGGUACCUUCGCUUCGUCCCAUAACCGUCUCUUGGCCCCCCUUGGCAAGGCGUUUGAUUGGUCUUUUCCGACGACAUGGAAGCCCGAAAAGAGAUUCAUACGAUCUAUCACGGGCCUCAUGUUAUUGACCUGGUCAAUGAAGCCAUCUCUCGUUUGGCACCUUUUUCUGCUCUCAUUCUUACGAUUACGCUGGUUGUUUUCUUCUUAGUACGCUACUACCUCUUCGAAUCUUAUUUGAUGCAAAGAUGCUACGGAGACAAGUACGCGAAUCUCAAUGAAGUCAACCGGCGGGGAUUCGUCAAUCACCACAUGGCUGGCAUCGCCAAAAUUGUCAUGUUGGUUGUGGGUGCAUAUCCAUUUGUCAAUGUGACUUUUGGCAAAUCAUCGGUGCACACCCUUUAUACAAGAGGAGGAGUAGUGACAUACGGUGAUGUCCUUAUCGUGAUCAAUCAGAUCUUCAUUGCGAUGUAUGUUUUCGAGCUCUUGUAUCGUGCAAAGCUCUCCCCUAUCGCUUGUGCCCACCACAUUGGAGCGAUUAUGAUCGCCCAAAGCGCUGUGGCAAUGAGCCUGAAUUGGGAACACGAAAGGGACGCCACCAUCGAGUUUGUGCUUUGUUUCGUCUGGGGUGCUUUCGAUCUCAUCGCCGAGUUUUGGCCACAUGUAGCUAUUAUUCUGUAUCGUGUUUACCCAAAGGACCAUCAUUUUCUUUCUAGAGUCUUUCUCUUUAGCUUCAUCAGUACGCUUUCUGGCACUGUGAUCGAAACCAUAGUCGUCAUGUGGCUGUUCGGCUCUCUGUGGCAUCGUUGGACCUUGCCAUUUAAAAUUGUCACCCCGCUUCUGCAUGUGGUUUUCAGUGCCGCUCAAUUAUGGGGAGCCAAAAACUUCCGCAGUAUGUGGCUCAGGCAGAAGAGUUUGUUGAAGGAAGUCCCCGGAAAUGCGGCAUAAAGGUUGGGUGGCAUAUUUCUCUAUAUCUCCUUCUGGAUUACUGGAAGAUCGAACUCAAAUAAUUGUCAUGUACUGCAAGUUCAUUUCAAAAAAUUUAUAUGCAAAAAGAAAUAUCGAUAGUACAAUCC